AUGUGUUUAUUAAGGUGUUCCUUACGGUCUGGUGUAAAAAUAAUCCAGUAUGCUUCUAGUGUCAAAUGUAAAUCAUCUUACACGUUAGUAUUUAAAAAUUAUUUAUGAAAUUCAAUAUGUUAACGACUCUGCUAACGAUCUGUAAUGCAAUUUUUGCAGUAGAAUUUUACGGGAAAAAUGUAAAUUGUUUUCCAAUUUCAAAAUAUAUUUAUUUAUUACAUAUAUAUUUAUUUCAAAAACGAGUUGGAAAAUUUUUUAAGUUUUUUUAAGUAUAAAAAAAUUUUGAUCUGUACAAUGAAGACAAUUUUACAUAGUUAAUAAAAUGUACAACAGUUAAUAAAACGAUUUAUAGAAAAGCAUUAAUGACCUUGUAAUCAUAUAACUUUUUAUUCCCAUUAUUUCAUAUUUUUAUUUUCAUUUAUCCAUAUUUAUUUCUAAAAUGCAAUAUAUUUCAUUCAUUAUUUUUAAACAUAUUAAUUAAAAUAAUUAACUAAAAUACUCAAUUUAAUUGAAUAUUUCGGAUAAGUAAAUAUCGUUAAUAUUUUGAUAUUUAUACCUUAAUUAAUAUUUAGAAACAUGUUACCACCGACGUAUGUCGAAGGGUUUCAUGAUUUGGAAGCUGUUGAAACUAUGGAAUAUAGACCUCUUGGAAAAACUGGAUUAAUGGUCAGCAAAUUAUCACUUGGUGGCGGACCAUUUGGUUGCCACUAUGGUACGUAUGACGAAAAUGAAGCAAUUAACGCGAUACGUCAAGGAAUAAGACAAGGAAUUAAUUAUAUUGAUACCGCGCCAUGGUAUGGCCAAGGUCAAUCCGAAACUAUCAUUGGAAAAGCUUUGAAAGGCAUUCCACGUAAAGCGUAUUAUAUCGCGACAAAAGUCGGACGAUAUGAAUUAAAUUACGAAAAUAUGUUUAAUUUUUCCAAGGAGAAAACUAGAAAUAGUUUUCUCAAUAGUUUAGAACUUUUAGGUCUGGAUUAUGUUGACAUCAUACAAGUUCACGACAUCGAAUUUGCCCCGAGUUUGGAUAUAGUAAUCACGCAAACUCUACCAGAACUAUCAAGGCAAAUUGCGGAUGGCAAUGCGAAGUACAUUGGUAUCACCGGAUAUCCGGUAUCCAUUUUAAAGGAAUGUAUCGAGAAAAGUAAUAUUAAAAUUUCUUGCAUACUAAGCUAUGCAAGACAUACAUUAAUAGAUAACACUUUGUCUGAAUAUAUACCAUUUUUUAAGGAACAUAAUAUUGGUAUAAUUAAUGCUUCUGCGCCAUGUAUGGGACUUUUAACUAAUAAAGGUCCACCAGCUUGGCAUCCCAGUUCAGAACAAACAAAGAAAAUAUGUGCAAAUGCUGCUGCAUGUUGUAAGGAUCAUGAUGUGGAAUUAGCUAAAUUAGCAUUAUGGUAUUCUAUGCAAUGUAAAGAUAUUGCCACAUAUUUAGUUGGAAUACAAAAUUUAAAAGAGUUGUAUAUGAAUAUCGAUGUUGUAAAAAAUGGCAUCACCGACAAAGAGAAGAAUAUACUUCAAGAAAUUCAAGAAAAGUAAGUAUAUUAUUAAAGUCGAUAGUUUCUAAUUACUAAUUAAUGAUUAUUUUAUUAUUAUUAAGUAAUUUAAUAAUAACAAAGAUUUUUUUUAUCCUAUCCAAUUAUUAAAACGGAUUAUGAAAACAAAUAUAGAAUACAUAAAAGUCUUAUUUCAGAGAAGAUAUAAUAUAAUAGUAAAUCUUUUUAAAUGUAUUUUGCAUGCUAUAUGAAAUCAAUUAUUGAAAUUAAUUAAUAUUAAUUGGUGAUUCAUUCUAUGAAUAGAGCAACAUUAUACAAAAUUAUGCAUUUAAUUCGAAUAUUAAAAUUUAAAUUAAAUUAAUAUUUCUUGCCCUAUCAUUCUAUGAACACUGUACAAAAUUUUCAAUUUUUUUAAAUGUAGAAUAUUAUUUUUUAUGUAGAAUACUGUUUUAUGUAAAGUUUGCAUAUUUAAAAAAAUAUUUAUUGUGUUCUAUGUGUCAAUAGUUCCCGUUAUCAAAGACUUUUAAAGUGCCUGACAUAGGAUAACAUCCUAUCUACUACAUUUUUAUGAUACAUAGGUUUCCAGACUUUUCUAUUAUGCUCUAAGUUGAUAUGAAUUUGGUGAGUUUCCAAUAAUUAAAAUAAAAGUUGUUGCUUAACAAAUUUAUUUGGCCCCAAAACAAUAACUCAAUUGUAAUUGGUAAUAUAUAAAAUAAUUCGAUUAUACUUGUGCACAAAAUUUGAAAAUCCAAGAUAAAAAAGAAAUUGGAACCUUCUUGUAAUAAGGUUAUGUGUAAAAUGAAAAUCCUUUACUUUCUUUCAGAUAUUUAUCUAAAGUAACAGAAAACAAUUGGGAAGGUAAAGAACUUCAGGCAUACUGGAAACAAAUGAAAAAGUGAGAAAAAUAUAUUUUUUUACAUAUAACGUUAUUACAUUGUUAAUAUCACGUUCAUAUCAGUAACACGUUAAAUGCCAAUGUAUAUAAUACAUUUUUUAUUAAAACUAUAUUUUCUCAGUACUUAA